AAAUAACGCAGGGUACCCAAUGCAACAUUUUUUUUCUUUAAAUAUCUACCAUAAAAAUUUGACAUCAAAAGCUCAUCAAUAAAUAUAUCUAGAGUUUCUUAUGAUUAACAAUUAGACAAAUAAACAAUGAGUUCAUCAAAUAGUAAUACCUUCCAUCAAUGUAUUCAAAACUACCGAAAAGAAUACGAAUCGGACGAACAUUGGGCACUUAGAAAAGCAUUUAUAUUGGCUUAUCAUGAUAGAUAUAGAAAGGAUGAAAUUCUUUGCCUUGCUCAAGUCCUUUUAAAUAUAGAACUUCUUGGUUGUAAAUAUUCUAGCGAAACAAUGACAUUGAUUAAUCAAAUGGCAGAAAACGUUAUGGAAGUGAAAAACUAUCGAGAAAAACGAAAAAAACGGUUAAAGAGAACAUUUGCAAAGACCGCCAAUAUCUCACAAGCGACUUACCAACCACAAGAAUGUUUAGUGUCGCUACAUAAUGAAACUGUUUCCUCUUUGUGUUCUUCAAAUGAUGUACAAAAUAAAGGAAAAGAAUUAACAGGAAAAAAGUAUUUUAAUACCAAAAACUUGAAAGAGCUUUUAAAAGAUAUCAUAUACUUUGAGAUGCCUAAAAACGAUCUUAAUGGUUCUCUUAAUAAAACCAUCGCAUUUAUGCAAAAACAAGGAAAGAUACAAAUGCAAUAUAAUGCAGAAGAAAAAAAAUAUUUUUAUGUGUUUAAUGAUGAAGUUAUUGCAGAGGGAAAAGGCUCCAAAAAAGAAUCAAAGAAAUUAGCCGACGAAAAUCUUAUAAUUACAUUGAAAGAGAACUGCUAUACGAUAAAAGUUAAGAAGGAUUACUACACAGCAGUAAAUAUUGUCGCAUCCGUCAAUCCAAGUGAACUUACAGCUCCAAAUAAAAUAUUGGAAGAUAAUAUAGGUUUUCAAAUGUUAAAAAUGUUAGGAUGGAAUGGUGGAUCCCUUGGAGUCCGUCCAGGUGGAAUUGUUGACCCAUAUACUUGUGAAAUAAAAAUUGGACGUUCUGGUUUUGGCACUGAAAACGAUAAAAGUUUUAAUCUGAACAGAAUCAAAACAUUACUGACCAAUUUCAAAAAUAGUCAAGUAGAGUAUGAUCUCGUCUUCAGUAAAGAUUUCACAAAAGACGAAAGAGCUCAAAUACACCAAAUUGCAUCAGCAAUGGAUUUUCGCACUAAAAGUCAUGGAAAAAAUGACUCACGCCAUAUUGUAAUUUCAUCAAAAUUAAGUCCUCACAUUUUGCGUCAAAAGCUUCUCGAAGGUGACAAGCAUUUGUUAGAAAAGUAUGAAAUAUUACCACCAACCCGACAAGAAACAUUCAACUCUAUGGAAGAACAUUCUGAAUAAUUAUUUUAAUGAAUUACUUUAAAUCUGAAUAAAAUAUUCUCAGAACGUAUUCAUGAAUUGAUCAAAAUUAUAAAGAAAUUUUCUUUCCUUCAACAACACUUCUCUGAAUCGAUCUGAUAAGAAUUUCUAU